UUUCCCAUCUUCCACCCCCUUCACUGGCCGCUAUAGGUUUAACUUCCUUAGAAAGCGGUGUCUGAAUCCUGACACUGAGCUGGGUCGCUGUCCUCAUGCUCCGAUUACAGUGCCCUUCUGUGUCCUCUGUAAGACCAGGCUUAUGCGGCGUUGCUGCCUUGAAGCUCCUGGGUGCUGGCUUCCUUCUUAGCUACAGCACGAAUUACCCUCUUUACAUCCGCAGUGUCCCCACGGAGAAUGAGCUGAAGUUCCACUACAUGGUGCACACGUCCCUGGACGUGGUGGACGAGAAGAUCUCUGCAAUGGGGAAGGCCCUGGUGGACCAGAGGGAGCUUUACCUGGGCCUGCUGUACCCCACAGAGGACUACAAGGUAUAUGGCUAUGUGACCAACUCCAAGGUGAAGUUUGUUAUGGUGGUGGAUUCUUCCAACACAGCACUUCGUGACAAUGAGAUUCGCAGUAUGUUCCGGAAGCUGCACAACUCCUAUACAGAUGUGAUGUGUAACCCCUUCUAUAACCCAGGGGACCGCAUUCAGUCCAGGGCCUUCGAUAGCAUGGUGACAUCUAUGAUGAUACAGGUCUGUUGAGUGAGAAGCUUGCUGCCUGCUGAGUGAAGAGAAGUGUUUUGUACAUAACUGUAUUGUGUAGAUGUGUAUUUAUUAUCAUUUACCCCACAUGGGGGCAAGGCCAGGUGGGGUGCAUGUCAACUAAAGGUCUUGUGACAGCA